ACCCACACGGUAGAAAAUCCCUAAGCGGGAGGAAUUACCGCGACACCCAAUUCAUCUGCGAAGGAAACUCGAUCGACGAAGCAAACUCAAGAAGACGGAAGAGGAUCCGAAACAAACGGGAGAUGGACUACAGCUCUGAAGAAGAUUCAGAUAUUAGUGAGUCUGAGAUAUUGGACCACAUAGACAGACCUUAUGAUGAGUUGAAAUCCGGGAAGUACAAAGUAAAGGGCCCAAAUGGAAGCUUAAGAUGCCCUUUCUGUACGGGCAAGAAAAAGCAGGACUACAGGUAUAAAGAACUAUAUCAACAUACGGCAGGGGUGGGUACGGGCUCUGUGAAUAGAAGUGGCAAACAAAAGGCAAACCACCUUGCCUUGGCGAAGUACCUGGAGACAGACCUGGCCAGCGAGGCAGACCAAGCUCCUCAACCGGUUGUGCCGCAACCUGCUGCACAAACGCCUCAGCAAGAAGAGGUUUUUGUGUGGCCUUGGACUGGAGUCAUAGCCAACAUUCUCGUUGACAAAAGCAGUGGGAAAGAACUCGUAGAUAGUGCAUAUUGGCUGGCCAAGUUUGCCAAGUACAAACCUCUGAAAGUACAUGUGUUUUGGAACGAAGACGGUCGGUCGGCAAAAGCUGUAGUGAGGUUUAACGAUGAUUGGCAUGGGUUUAUUAAUGCGACAGAGUUUGAGAAAGAAUUUGAAGCAGAUAAUCAUGGAAAAAAGGGCUGGAAUGCGCAGACAGAGCCCGGAUCAAAUACAUAUGGCUGGUGUGCGCGGUCAGAUGACUAUGAUGCGGAUGGGCCAGUGGGAGAUUACCUUCGCAAGACAGGGAAGUUGCAGACAAUCUCUGACAUUGUUCAGGAAGCAGCUCAAAGUAGACACAGAAUUGUCGCGCAUCUAGCUAACAAGAUUGAUUUGACAAAUGAAACUUUGGAGGAAGUACAGUCCAAGUAUAAUGAGCAGACUUUGUCACUGAGUAGGAUGCUUGAAGAAAGAGACAAGCUUCACUCUGCUUUUGUGGAAGAAACAAGGAGGAUGCAACGCCUUCAACGUGACAAAAUACAAAGGAUAUUGUUAGAACGGGAGAAACUUAGCAAUGACUUGGAAAAGAAGAAAAGAAAGAUUGAUUGUUGGAGCAAAGAAUUGAACAAACGUGAAGCCCUAACUGAGCGUGAGAGACAAAAGCUGGAUGAGGACAAGAAAAAGAACGAUGUCAAAAACAGUUCUCUCCAGUUGGCAUCAAUGGAGCAGAAAAGAGCUGACGAAAAUGUCCUCAGGCUGGCGGAAGAACAUAAGAGGGUGAAAGAGGAGGCCCUGAGUAAGAUCCUUGAGUUGCAACGGGAGCUCAACGCAAAGCAGAAAUUGAAAAUGGAGAUUGAAGAGUUGAAAGGAAAAGUAGGAGUUAUGAAGCACCUUGAAGAUCAAGAUGAUGAAGCUGUUCAAAAGAAGAUGAAGGAGAUGAAUGAUGAACUGAAAGAGAAGGAGGAGGAGUUGACCAACUUGGAGGUUCUAAAUUCUGCCCUCAUUAGUAAAGAGCGCCAGAGCAAUGAUGAAGUGCAAGAAGCUCGUAAGGCAUUGAUCCAGGGUCUGAUUGAUCAGCCGGGUGCACACACAAAUAUUGGGAUCAAAAGAAUGGGGGAGCUUGAUGAUAAGCCGUUUCUUACUGCUUGCAAGAAAAGAUUUUCACGUCAGGAAGCACAAUUGCAGGCCAGUACAUUGUGCUCUUUCUGGCAGUCACAGGUGAAUUCGCAGUGGCAUCCAUUCAAGACCGUUGAGAUUGAUGGGAAAAUUCAGUCAAUGCUUGUUGAAGAAGAUGAAAAACUACAAAAGCUUAAGGAGGAGUGGGGUGAUGAGGUCUACUCAGCAGUUGUCAUAGCUUUGAAAGAUCUGAAUGAAUAUAAUCCAAGCGGAAGGUAUAUUGUACCCGAGCUCUGGAAUUUCAAAGAAGGAAGAAAAGCCACUUUGAAAGAGGUCAUUGCUUAUAUUGCGAAGAACAUCAAAUCAACCAAGCGCAAGAGAACAUGAGUCUGAGGGAUGAAUUUGUCUGAAGGAGGUAUGCUAGAACUGAUGUUUAGACUAUUGUUAUAGCGCUGCUGUCGCGGAUAUUGAUACUUUUGUUAGUUUGAUCAUCACUAGACAAUAGACUGCUUUGAACUUAAAUUAGCUGAUCAAACAUUAGGAUGUUCAUCUGUGUAUCGGAGCAUGGUUCCUACUAAACCCUGGAAUUCCCAGAAUUUGCUUUCUUGCUUGCCAUGUUAGCGAAUGGUGGGCGGGGGUUUGUGUUAAUUUUGCGGUAAUCUUCUCAAGCCAUGUAAUUAGUAGUUCUAAUAAAGCUUUCUUGGGUUGGUCUUA